AUGACGACAACACUAUGGAUCGUAAUUGUACUGCACUGCUGUGGUGUGACGGUGCGCUGCAUAAACCUUGCUUUCGAAAACUUUGAGCAGACUUUCGGUGAGGAUUCCAUGUUGUGUGAUGCCCGGGUACGCAAGUUUAAUCGGACGACCAGUGUUUUGAAUGGGACGUUCCAUAUUUUCCAUGACACCAGCAAGGAUGUGCAGUAUCAACUGGAUAUGUACUACAGCCGCCUUGGCAAUCAACAGUACAACCUGUUACCGAUGAAAAUCCCAUCAGCUGGAAUAUGUGACUUUGUCAAUAAUCUGUAUUCCGUCUAUCCGGAGAUGACGGAGCUGUUUAUCAAUUUCCCUCCCCGGUACCAGUGUCCUAUUCGAGCGAGGCAAAUGUUCGUUUUAGAUAGAGAAUUUCCAUCUGAGAUAUGGCCAAUGGUGAUGCGGAAGGUGGGCCUGUGGAAGCUAGACAUACGCGGUGUGUUAGGAAGCGAACCUCAUCUUGGCUUUAGCUUUACCCUUAGAGCUUCCAAUGAUUGA